UAGUGGGUGGCAUGGGUGUGUUCCUGACACAGGUUCUUGUGGUCGGCUGAAUCUCACUGCUAAUUUAACGUUGAGACUUUAUUGGAUGAGAGACGAGAGAACUGGAGAGGGUUAACGUCAACGUUUUUUCACACGCCGGCCUCGUGCACCAUGAAUGUUGUUCAGUGUUGCAUGUCGUGCAUCUGACACCAAACCGAGAGAUCUGUCCAGGGCCUCUGAUUGGAUGGUCAUGAAAUGAUGAUAUGAUGAUAUGGUGGAAAGUGUGAAGGUGUGGAACUGGGCAGGAGUGCAUGGAUUGCUGUGCUGCUUCAUGCAGGUGCAUUCAUUUGGCGCUUGUUCUCCAGGCUGGCCCAGUUUGUGGAGGUUUUUGUUUUUUUUGCAGCUCUCUGCAUCUUUUCUGACCAUGCACAGCGAAGCCUCUAUCUCUGCAGGCCACAUGUGACUCGGCUUCCGUUGCUCUCUUGCUUCCGCAAAUAUCUAAAAGGAGCUUGCAAGGGGUGCAGAUGUCAAAGCACUUGCUUCAUCCAAGGGAGCUGGUCACACGCCCGGUUUCUCGCCGCGCUCGGGGAAAUGGUGUGCAGGGAACGGUGCAGCUGCGCGGGGGACGCAAACCAGCCCGGAGGGCGAUUAUGGUAAGAUGCCGGUCCUCAGCGUCCUCCCAGCGCUGCUGUAUUUCAUCGUAGUGCCUGUGCUGCUGGUCCUCAGCCAUCCAAACAUCAGCCCCUGCAGACUGACUCAAACCACGGCUCUGUGCAACGGCUGUAAACUCUCUACCGUUCCACAGAACUUACCUCAACAAACAGAGGAGCUGUUUUUAAAUCACAACUCGAUAUUAGCCUUACAGAGCGGCUGUCUCUUAAGGUAUCCUGCUCUUCGUCUCUUCAGCUGCGCGAACAACAGUCUAACCACGGUCGAGGGGGACGCCUUCUCCGGUUCUGCGCUUAUCGAGAACCUAAAUUUGGCCAACAACCAGCUUCACAAUGGACACAAAGGAUUGGCCCAGUCUCUGAGAUCUUUAACCAGGCUGAGAACUCUGGAUCUAUCGAGCAAUGGGCUCACGGAGGACAUGGCUUCUUAUGUGCUGCAAAACCUCACGUCUCUGGAGUUCCUGUAUUUAUCUGGGAACUUCCUGCUCAGGUUGGACGAGUCAACGUUCAAAGACCUUCACCAGCUGAAAGAACUGAACCUGGAUAGGAAUUUGCUGUUUGAAAUCGACGGGGCGUUCGAUCAUCUGAAGAAGCUUCAGCGACUCAACUUGGCCUUCAACUCUUUGCCUUGUUUAGUUCAGUUCGAGAUGACCCAGCUGGUGGUACUGAACGCCAGCCAUAACAGAAUUGAGUGGUUUAUAACUAAUCCAGACCUGCCAGAGACCUUUCAACUGGAGACGCUGGAUUUAUCUGACAACCAGCUUCUGUUCUUCCCCUUCCUUCCCUCUCACAGUCGCAUUAAGACGCUGUUGCUCUCCAAUAACCACAUCGGCUUCUACGGUCAUCUCGCUGACAACAGCUCCUCAAACUGGACCGAUAGCGUCGAGUACUACAACAUGGGCAAAAACGCCAGCAACAUCACUGUAGAGAUCUGGGACGAGGGUCUUAUUGGAGAUAUCUCUACUGUGGAACUGUUGGAUCUCAGUGGAAACCAGUUGAGAUCCUUCCCUGAGGGAUUCCUCCAGAAAAUGCCUCGCCUUUACUGGUUGAGGUUGAGAAGAAACUGCUUGGAAUCGCUCAGUCUGACCGUGCAAGACAUGCCUGAAACUCUAUACGAACUGGACGUGAGCGACAACAGACUGACCGAGCUGCAUGCUCAGCCGAGCUCGGCCAAUAAACUCAAUAACCUCACGCAUCUCAACCUGAGCUUAAACGACAUCCAGGUUCUCCCACCUCGAGUCUUCACUACCCUUCCCAGUCUCAGCUCUGUAGACCUCAGCUAUAACUCUGUAGGUGUUUGUCCUUCUAGAGACGUCAGUGACUCAGACGCUCAAGUUUGCGCCGUUUGGUCGAAUCUUUCCUCUUUAAAGCAGCUCUACAUCGCUGGAUGUAGCGUGCGAAGUUUGUCACCUUCGGUUUUCGAAGGCACACCACUAACGCAUCUCGAACUCUCCAACAAUCCAGACUUGGCCGUUGAUCAAAACUGUUUAUCAAGCCUUGUCGGAAGCUUGCAGCAUCUGGGACUGAGCAACACAGGCCUGCAAAACUUUGACUUCUCUCCGUAUAGACAUUUAAAGUUCCUAAACAUCUCCAACAACUCAAUAUGGGAGCUUCCAAAAUCCCUAAUCUCACUCAACCUGAAGCUCCUAGACUUGAGGAACAACAUGCUCUCAACCAUCCAAUCAGAAGACGCCACAGUUCUUGCGCAAAGGGUUCGGGCGGUCUACGUUAACGGAAACGCGUUUAACUGCUGCCAGCUAGAGUGGUACAGGAUGUUCGAGGAAUCGAAGGCUCUUCACGCAGUUGACCUCUCAGAGGUCACGUGUAUAGACCUGCACCAGCGCAGGAGAAAAGCCAUGCUCUUCAAUUCCUUAGAGUGUGGAGGUCAAAGCACGGAGGAGUCUAUUAUCUGGUACAUUCUGCUCUUUUUAUCCGUCGGCGUGUCGCUGGUGGGCAUCUCCAUCAUUUAUUUCCUCACGUUCAGACAGAAACUGCUGCCUCAUGCUAUUAAAAAGAGGUGUUGGAGGCCAACAUCAUACUAAACUAACAUAAAAAAAAAUACAGACUGCUCGAAUAAAACUACAGACUGUGAACGAGUUUUUAUUUUUUCUCUCUUUUCACCAGGCCUUAAAAAAUGUCCUGACUUUUUUUUUUUGUAAUAAGCGACUGUAAGUUAACAACUUCAGUUUUUAGUUAACACAUACAGUAGAUACAGAUAACACAUCAUUGUUUGUUAGCCAACAGGUUGAACAAAAAUGUGAAUAAUGUAAAAUCUGAAUCUGUCCCGCAGGCACAGAUUUUUGUUGGAAAAUGUACAUUAAUUAAACUUCUUUUCUGUUGUUUUACAUUUA